AUGGUCUCGCUUUCGAUCAAGACCCUCAUCCUCUCCCUCUCGGUCGCAUCUCUCGCAACCACCUCCCUCGCCGCUCCUUCCAACGGCUGCUCUGACCUAGCAGUCAAACAAGGCGUCAACAUCACCUACGCCGACGUCGCCCAAUGCUACGCGUCCAUCCCCUUCAACAAAGAAGCCGCCCGCGCCACCCUCGACUCGCUCACCACCAUCUUUGACGAGUACUACGUCUCCCGCGACACCGAAUUGUCACCCCGUCUGGCGAAGCCCUUCCAGAGUGAUCCUGUGGAUAUUGUUGCCAAACUGAAGAAGAUUGGUCGGACUCGGUAUACGAGUGACAGGCAGUUUCAUACGGAUGUUUAUGAGGCUGUUGAGUCCUUGCAUGAUGGCCACGCUGCCUAUGCUCCCUAUUGCUAUGUGGCAUACAUGUUUGUGCAACCCAUCAGCAUGUACGCCCCCGUCAUCAACGGCAAGCAGGAGCUGAAGGUGUACAAGGACAACAAGGGUCGCAAAUAUGAAGACUGUACCGUGACCAAGAUCGACGGCAAGAACGGAAUGGCUCAAGUCAAGAAACGCGCUAGCUUCCUCAUGAACUCCAAGGACCCCAACGUCCGUCUCAACGAGGCCCUUGCGUCCAUGGCCUACAAGCCCGACGCUGGAGACUUUGUUGCCUACCCUGGCCAAUUUGCCCUGCGCAACCUGUUGCCCGAGAGAGCAACUGUUCGAUAUGAACUGCAGUGCGGAGGGUCGAAGAAGAAGGUUAUUGUGGAGGAUGAGUGGGCCAUUAGCCCACAGAUGCCCUGGCAGUUUACGGAUACAGAGUCGUAUAUCAAGAACGUCUGUCUUGCUCCUGCUGGUGGUGCAGAUGCCAGUGCCGGCUCGCUGCGCAAGCGUGAUCUGGUAUCUAUUUCGUCCGACCGCCACGAUGAGAUUUAUGCUCUCAACAAGAGAGCGCUCGAUGCCCAGGCUACUUCCCCUCCCUCGCCUUCCGUUACCACCCCUCCUGUCGCUAACCCUACACUCCCUCCAGUAUAUCCCGAGGCGAUCAAGAUCGCGGCCGGCAACAGUACCGUCUUUUAUCAGCUCAAGGACCGUCCCACUGUUGGUGUUAUCGUCUUCGUUGCCGCCAUGAUUGACUUUAACGACAUUGACUUUCACUACAAAUCCCUCGAGACCCUCUACCAAAAGGGCGUCACCGACAUCAUCAUCGAUAUCGUCUCUGGCGAUGGCGGAUACGCCAAUGUCGGUCCCGAUUUCGCCCAGUUCUUCUUCCCCAACAAGGGACCCCUCGAUAAGCUUAUCAAGAUGAACCUCCGUGUCACUCCCGCAAUCCAACAACUCAGCACCAAGGUCUUCAAAUCUUCUGAUGGUGGAUACAGUCAAAUGGGCAACAUGUUCUCUCUCCAGGGCGGUGGAUUCUACGACAGUUCCCGAUUCUUUGACUAUGCUAACAACCGCCUCUACACCGACAACUCGCUCUACACCGACACUGUGACCGAAACUCGCAACGGACGCAAGGCAGUAUACACAAAGAUGACCGCCUACAAACCUGCCACCCACCCCGUCAACACCAACCUCGCGAAAUACCCCUGGACCAACAACCCAUCCCGCCUGCGCAUCGUCACCGACGGCAGAUGUCUCUCCGCCUGCGCCAACGUCGCUUACUAUCUCGCCGACCAGUACAAAGUCCUUACCUACGGCAUCGGCGGCACCAAUGGUCAACCUCUGUCCAAGUACCAAUACGCCGCCGCAGGUGCAGUGACCCAGGAAGGACUCGUGGGCAUGUUUGUGUCCGGGAACAUGACCAGCCCUUUCAAGCCCACGCCAUACCAGGGGAUUGUCUCCGUUGUACUUGCAGAGUUCUUUGCACCCGGUAGCAAGAUUCCUUUGGAGUUUGAUGGAGUGAGGUAUGCGACAGAUUAUAGGAUGGAUUACGAUCCUAUCAAUGCACGGUCGAGGGAGGCCAUGUGGACCCAGGUCGCCAAGGCUGCCUGGAAGUAA